AUUGCCUAGUUUACAGUAAUGUCCAUGUUAACAAGAGACAACAAGUAGUUCCUUUGAGUCUGUUUUAAGCUAGUUCGGUGACGAUUGCAAACGUGUUCAUCUGCUCGAAUCUCAUGCCAAACAAAGUAUCAUCGUUUUAUCCUUUUUACGGUCAAUAAACCUGUGGACUAGAAGACAUCUUUCAGAGUGUUUGAUCAAGAAAAGGUGUUAGGGUAAAGCCAAGAUAUAGCUACAUAUCGAGGGUGGCACAGUAAAACGAUGUCUUUAACGCAGAAAAUAAGACAGCAUACACAAGAACAAAUGAUGGAUUGCACAGAAAGCUCAAUACGGACAAAAUCUACCACUUCACGUGCUUCAACGAGGUCACAAGCUUGCUCCACCGAGGCUGCAGGUGCCAGAGCACACGCAAAAGCAGAGGCAGCAAAAGUACGUCUGUCUUUUGCACAAAGAGAAAUGACACUCAAAGUGGAAAAAGCACAACUGGACGUGGAAAAAGCACAUUUAGAAGCUAUGAUGGACAUUCUAUGACUGGAACAGGACGCAGCAGCUGCACUCGCCAAAGCGGAGGUCUUGGAAGCCGCUGUGGAAGGAAGUGAUGGAAGCAGCUCCUAUCUUCACAUCUAGCAGUUGUUUGAACAUUCAGUUGACACAUUAGAGCGCACAAAGGAAUACAUAGCCACUCAGGCCCAAGAAAAAGGUCAAAUAAAAGUUGAAUCACCACACAAUCAGCCAUCAUUAUGGAAUGAAACACAACAUUAUAAGCCACCAGAUGUGAACUCCGUUCAACACCCACAUCUCCAGACAGAGCACAAUGAACACAGAGUUGGCUUUGUUUCUACCAUACAACAGAAGUCACAUCAGCCACCAGUCCAUCUUCAAACAACAUACGAGACAAUCACCAACAUUACAAGUCAAGCUACAAUUCUCCUUUGCAUCCAAGGCCCAGCCGUACACCUUGUCAGCCUGUCUACGAUCAAGGUAAUGUGGCAGACUUUGCAAGAUAUCUAACUCACCGUGAGCUAGUCACAACGAGCCUGAUAAAGUUCAGCGACCAGCCAUGCAGUUACAGGGCAUGGAAACAGUCCUUUGUGAACAUAGUCAGAGGCCUCAACAUAACGUCCAGUAAAGAAAUGGAUUUGUUGGUUACGUGGCUAGGGAAGGAGUCAGCUGAGCACGCAAAACGCAUCAGGGCUGUCCAUGUCAACUCCCCAGACAAAGGCCUAAAAAGGAUAUGGGACAGACUGGAAACCUGUUACGGCGCACCCGAAAUGGUGGAGGAUUCACUGUUUAAACGGAUCCACAGCUUCCCUAAAAUCAUCAACAGAGACUAUUCAAAGCUCCAUGAGUUGAGUGAUUUUCUCAUAGAAUUGUAGGCAGCCAAGGAAGAUGGAGACUUGCCUAGCCUUGCAUAUUUGGACACAGCGCGUGGGAUAAACCCAUUAGUUCAAAAGUUACCGUUCAAUCUUUAAGAAAAGUGGCUCAACGUUGGCACAAACUACAAAUGACAGCACAAUGUAAUAUUUCCCCCCUUUGAAGUUUUUGUUGACUUCAUUGGAAAACUAGCUUUAAUUAGGAAGUUAGGAAGUUUGCAGUUCAAAUUGACACCUCAAAAGCACACAGAGUCCAAUGGAAGCAGAUCCAAAAUAGGGAAGUCUCGGUUCAUAAGAUCAAUUUCCAGUCUAAUGACAAACAACACUUUGAACCUGAUGAUCCCGAGAAACAAUGCCCUAUUCAUAAAAAGCCUCACAUGGUCCAAAAAUGUUGGGCCUUCCGUACAAUGCUGUUGGAACAACGCAAGGAAUUCAUGAAAGAGAAUGGCAUAUGUUUUAAGUGUUGCACAUCCACUCAACACAUAGCAAAAAACUGUAAAUUUAUUACUAAGUGCACUGAAUGUGAGAGCGCAAAUCACAUUUUUGGACUUCAUCUUGGACCUGCACCAUGGAUCCAGGUCCCAACCCCCCUGACACAGCUUGGCGGGGAGCAAGACUCAGAACCUUCAACUGAGGUCAGUGCUCAAUGUACAGAUGUAUGUGGUGGCAAUCAAAGCUACAAAUCCUGCUCAAAGAUCUGCCUUGUUAAAAUAUAUCCUAGCGGCCGUCCUGAGAAAUCCCUGAAAGUUUAUGCAAUCAUCGACGAGCAGAGUAACAAGUCCCUUGCUCGUUCGGAGUUCUUUGAGAUCUUCAAGAUUCAAAAUCCUUCAUCUCCAUACACACUCCGAACCUGCUCUGGAGUGAUGGAAUCCACUGGGAGAAGAGCCUCAGGCUACAAAAUUGAAUCCAUGGAUGGAAAAGUGUGCCUCUCCUUACCAAGCUUCCUGGAAUGUGAUGAUCUACCUAAAAACAAAUCAGAAAUCCCAAGACCUAAUGCUGCAGCCAACCAUUCUCACCUCAAAUCAGUUGCUAACCUCAUCCCAGACCUGGAUCCUAAUGCAUCCAUUAUGCUUCUCCUUGGGAGAGACAUCAUCUCUGUCCACAAAGUGCGCAAACAGGUCGAUGGGCAACGCGAUGGUCCCUAUGCCCAAAAACUUGACCUGGGAUGGGUGAUCGUUGGAAAUGUAUGCUUGGGAGGUGUUCACAAACCGACCACAGUGAAUAACUUCAACACCAUUACGACUGAACAAAGGCGUCCCACAGUCUUUAAACCUUGUCCUAACGUAUUUCAAGUCAAGGAGAAACAUGGCCAGACUCAACGCCCUGAAUACUCAAAGGUAACUUUUCCAAAGAAAUGUAAGCAAGAUGACAUGGGCUCUACAGUGUUUCAGCAGACCAAAGAUGACAACAAAGUUGGUCCAUCCAUUGAUGACAUCGCCUUCCUGCAAAUCAUGGAGAGGGGUUUGAAAAAGGACAAAACAAACAGCUGGGUAGCUCCGCUGCCAUUUAAGACUCCAAGGCCCAAGCUUCCUGACAACAAAGUUCAAGCCUUGAAUCGUUUUUCCUCUCUGAGACGCAACUUCGAAAGAAAACCAGUGAUGAAAGAGCACUUUUUUUAACUUCAUGGAAAAGAUCUUUCAAAAUGAACAUGCUGAAAUAGCUCCCCCACUCACAUCUAAUGAAGAAAGAUGGUAUUUACCGGCUUUUGGCGUCUACCAUCCGAAGAAUUCUGGAACAUCCGUGUGGUGUUUGACUCCAGCGCCCAAUACAAUGGUGUGUCACUUAACGACGUGCUGUUAACUGGACCCAACCUCAACAACACCCUUAUAGGCAGAGUAGAGGACCGCAAUUAGCUAAGGUUUUUAUGGUUCAAAAACAAAAACUCAUCUGAAGAUAUCAUGGAAUACAGAAUGAGGGUCCAUGUCUUUGGAAAUUGUCUCCCUCCCGCAGUGGCCAUCUACUGUUUAAGACAGUCAGUGAAAAGUGCUAAGCCCGUUAUAAAGCAGUUUGUCAAUCGUGACUUUUAUGUAGAUGACGGGCUAACGUCACUUCCCUCCAUCGAAGCUGCCGUGAAGCUGCUCAAGAGGACGCAAGAGGUUCUGUCAGACUCAAACUUGAGGCUUCACAAAAUCACCUCAAAUAAAGCAGAAGUUAUGAAUGCAUUCCCAUCUCAGGACCAUGCCAUCAAUUUAAAGGACCUGGACUUCACUUCAGAUACCCUGCCCAUGCAACGUAGUCUGGGACUUAACUGGGAACAAAUGUCAGACAUUUAUUUUUCAAGUAGCUGAUGAGCAAAAGCCCUGCACCCGCAGAUGUUUCUUGUCAACUGUCAACAGCAUCUAUGAUCCCCUAGGAUUUCUGAUCCUGCGUGAGCUCAUGCAGAACAACAGAGAUUGGGAUGCACCUCUUCCUCAAGAAAUGGAAGAGACCUGGUCAAUGUGGCGACGCUCAUUGAAAGAUCUCAGCAAUCUCCAGAUCCCAAGAGUUUACACACAGGUCUCUCCUACAGCAGUGUCAAAAAGAGAGAUAGUCAUCUUUUGUGAUGCUUCCUCAAAGGCAAUGAUUGAGUUGCAUUAUUUGUUGGUUGUGAUGUAAUUUGGGACGUUUUAUGGCCAAAAGUCAGUCAUGCUAAUAUUCGCAAUUUAUACAGUGAAGUGAAUGUUAGCAUAGUAAGCUAGUUUGCUAUAGAGCACUUAGAUUACAUCAUUUGUGGCAUUUAUUUAUCUAUUUAAGUUCAAUACACAGCAUAAUUCAUGUUUUAUUGUAGCAUGCUUGUGUGUGUAAGUGGCUGUGUGCAUGUCUCUAAUGUAAGGAUCCUUUCUGCUUGUAUGUUUUCAGUUUUAUCUUUUUUACGGUCAAUAAA